UUACGUGUCAAGAACGAGGUUACGCGGGAACCGCUUCCAGCGCUGCCCACCCAAUCUCGCGGACGCGAACCCUCCCGAAGCAGCCCGACUCAGAGCUGAACCGAACGACCCCAAGGAGCAAGACGAGCUCCGCCUCCGCCUCCGCGGCGAGCGCGAGGGAUGGAGGAGACCGCGAGCGCGACGGCGACGGCGGAGCCUGUAGCGGAGGAGAAGGCGACGUCGUACAGGUACUGGGUGCGAGAGGCGACGGGCGACGCCGCGCCGCUGCCCGCGCCCCGCAAGCUCGACGCGGCCGACCUCGCCGCCAACCCCGUGCCCACCUCCCUCGGCUCCGUCUGGAACCAGGCUGGAACCUGGGAGGAAAAGAACCUCAAUUCAUGGGCCCAUAGUAGGAUAAAGGAUUUGCUGGGGUCCUUAGAUCCUUUGGAAUUCUCUACUGGGAAGGCAUCUGUUUAUGAAGUAUCCAGAUGCUCAGGUGAUGCAUUUUUAGUCACAGUCCGCAAUAAGAAGAGAGUAGGCUAUACUUAUGAACUGAGCUUGAAAUUUAAAGGUGAAUGGUUAAUUAAGGAAGAAAACAAGAAGGUUAAAGGUCAUCUGGAAAUUCCUGAAUUUUCAUUUGGCGAGCUUGAAGACUUGGAGGUAAACAUAAGGUUCAGUGAUGACAAGGAUCUCUCGCCUGACCACAAAGCACAAAUUCGCAAGGAUUUGAAGUCCUUCCUUUCACCUAUCCAGGAGAAACUGCAUGUGUUUGAAAAUGAGCUGAAAGAUCGAUAGCGAAGUUGGUUAUUAUGGCAUGUACACGACUGGAGUGGGUGGCCAGGGAGCUGCUUACUUGGUUUGGAUGGCAGUUUAAACUUCGCAUCCAAGCUUAAGCAGAAUAAUCUCGUCUAAGAGAUGUGUUUCCAUCUUGUUCGAUGUUCGAACUUUCUAUUAUGUGUCUCAUGUAAUGCUCUUGUUCCUUAGAUAUGGUUGUGUGCAUUUCAGUAAGAGUAAACUCUUGUGAUUGUAUCAGUAAGAGUUAAUAAAACUUUUUAAAAAAAAAAAAGAUAGAUAGCGAAGUAGUUAGAAGUACCAGGGCUAUUGGUGCUGCUUUGCCCAAAACGUGUGAAAGAUAGUGUUUGAUUGCGUCGGGCGUUAGCCAAGUCAUUCCCACGCGCUAGUACUACCAGGAUCUGCAAUGUGCAUUUCACAUUGUCGAUCUGUAGGUCACUGGGGCUGUAUGUGCAUCAUUAUUGAGCUUCC